GUUAGGAGUUUGUUGCUUGUGAGAAGAAGAGGCACAGGCUCACAGUCUAAAACCGCCCUGGUGCAAAAUUGACUUCAGUACAGGGCACAUUUCUUUAUUAAGGUUAACUUUGUUUCGUAAAAUGAACCGGACUGAAAAAAUACUUAACUCGCCGUGAUUGUUGGUGCGGAAUUCACAUCCUAGUGGUCCUUAUAUUAGGCAACGCUGGUGUGGCUGGCCAGUCAACGGCUCAUCCUAAAUAUUUUUUACAUUUUGAUAGAAAGCGUCAAUAAAAGGCACCAACGAUACUGGAUCAAAUAAACAUAAUUUUAGCAACUCUGGCAGACAAGCCCAUCUUCCUUCCCUCAAAGGCUUGGACUUUUAGAGCUCUAUGCCAGCAAUUAUGACAAUGUUAGCUGACCAUGCAGCCAGACAGCUGCUGGACUUUAACCAGAAACUGGAUAUCAACCUGCUGGAUAAUGUGGUCAACUGCCUGUACCAUGGGGUUGGGCCACAGCAAAGAAUGGCCCAGGAGGUGCUCACUCACUUGAAGGAGCACCCAGAUGCAUGGACACGAGUUGACACCAUUCUGGAGUUCUCGCAAAAUAUGAACACCAAAUACUAUGCCCUGCAGAUUCUGGAAACAGUUAUUAAAACAAGAUGGAAGAUUCUGCCCAGAAACCAAUGUGAAGGCAUUAAAAAGUAUGUCGUGGGGCUUAUUAUCAAGACUUCAUCAGAUGCGGCCAACGUUGAGAAAGAAAAGGUGUACAUUGGAAAACUCAACAUGAUAUUAGUACAGAUUUUGAAGCAGGAGUGGCCAAAACAUUGGCCAACAUUUAUAAGUGACAUUGUUGGAGCGAGCCGCACCAGCGAGAGUCUAUGCCAGAACAACAUGGUCAUUCUGAAGCUCCUGAGUGAAGAGGUGUUUGAUUUCUCCAGUGGCCAGAUGACACAGGUGAAAGCCAAACACCUGAAGGACAGCAUGUGCAACGAGUUUUCUCAGAUAUUCCAGCUGUGCCAGUUUGUGAUGGAAAAUUCCCAAAAUGCCCCACUGGUGCAUGCUACUUUAGAAACACUGCUGAGGUUUCUCAACUGGAUUCCAUUGGGUUAUAUCUUUGAAACCAAACUCAUCAGUACUCUGGUGUACAAGUUCCUAAAUGUGCCGAUGUUCCGCAAUGUGACUCUGAAGUGCUUGACUGAGAUUGCAGGGGUCAGCGUGAGCCAGUACGAGGAACAAUUUGUCAGUCUAUUCACUCUUACCAUGAUGCAGCUCAAACAGAUGCUUCCCCUGAACACCAAUAUCCGACUGGCAUACGCAAAUGGUAAAGAUGAUGAGCAAAACUUCAUUCAGAACCUCAGCCUGUUCCUCUGCACCUUCCUCAAAGAGCACGGACAGCUUAUAGAGAAGAGGCUGAACCUCAGAGAGACUCUCAUGGAGGCACUGCAUUACAUGUUGCUGGUGUCAGAGGUAGAGGAAACUGAGAUAUUUAAGAUCUGUUUGGAAUACUGGAACCACCUGGCUGCUGAGCUCUACAGAGAAAGCCCCUUCUCCACUUCCACCUCUCCUCUUCUUUCAGGGAGCCAACACUUUGAUGUACCGCCCCGCAGACAGCUAUACCUGCCUGUGCUGUCUAAGGUGCGUUUGCUGAUGGUGAGUCGCAUGGCCAAGCCUGAAGAAGUUCUGGUGGUGGAGAAUGAUCAGGGUGAGGUGGUUCGAGAGUUCAUGAAGGACACAGACUCUAUAAACCUCUACAAGAAUAUGAGAGAGACGCUUGUCUAUCUGACCCAUCUAGACUAUGCUGAUACAGAGCGUAUCAUGACAGAGAAGCUUCAUAAUCAAGUGAAUGGUACCGAGUGGUCCUGGAAGAAUCUAAACACGUUGUGCUGGGCCAUUGGUUCCAUCAGUGGAGCCAUGCAUGAGGAAGAUGAGAAGAGGUUCCUCGUCACAGUUAUUAAGGACCUGCUGGGUUUAUGUGAGCAGAAGAGAGGCAAGGACAACAAGGCCAUUAUCGCCUCAAACAUUAUGUACAUUGUGGGCCAGUACCCACGAUUUCUACGUGCUCACUGGAAAUUCCUUAAAACUGUCGUCAACAAAUUGUUUGAGUUCAUGCAUGAAACCCACGAUGGAGUUCAGGACAUGGCAUGUGACACUUUCAUUAAGAUUGCUCAGAAGUGCAGGAGGCAUUUUGUGCAGGUGCAGGUGGGAGAGGUGAUGCCCUUUAUUGAUGAGAUCCUCAACAACAUCAACACCAUCAUCUGUGACCUGCAGCCCCAGCAGGUGCAUACGUUUUACGAAGCUGUCGGCUACAUGAUUGGAGCGCAAACUGACCAGGCUGUGCAAGAGCACCUGAUUGAGAAGUACAUGUUGUUGCCCAACCAAGUGUGGGACAGCAUCAUUCAGCAGGCCACCAAGAACGUAGACAUCCUGAAGGACCCAGAGACAGUGAAGCAGUUGGGCAGCAUUUUGAAGACCAACGUCAGGGCGUGUAAAGCUGUGGGGCACCCCUUUGUUAUUCAGCUGGGCCGAAUCUACCUGGACAUGCUCAAUGUAUACAAGUGCCUUAGUGAGAACAUCUCUGCUGCCAUACAGACCAAUGGCGAGAUGGUGACCAAGCAGCCUCUCAUCCGGAGCAUGCGCACAGUAAAGAGAGAGACGCUGAAGCUGAUCUCAGGCUGGGUCAGCCGCUCCAAUGACCCACAGAUGGUAGGGGAGAAUUUUGUCCCUCCACUGUUGGACGCGGUGCUUAUAGAUUACCAGCGCAAUGUCCCUGCGGCAAGGGAACCGGAAGUGCUCAGUACCAUGGCGACGAUCGUAAACAAAUUGGGUGGACACAUUACAGGAGAGAUCCCACAGAUAUUUGAUGCAGUGUUUGAGUGCACAUUAAACAUGAUUAACAAAGACUUUGAGGAAUACCCGGAACACCGGACACAUUUCUUCUACCUGCUGCAGGCAGUGAACUCUCACUGUUUCCCAGCAUUCCUGGCCAUUCCACCAGCCCAGUUUAAACUUGUGCUCGACUCCAUAAUAUGGGCCUUUAAACACACCAUGAGAAAUGUGGCAGACACUGGCCUGCAGAUUCUGUACACGCUGCUGCAGAACGUGGCUCAGGAGGAGGCAGCAGCGCAGAGCUUCUAUCAGACUUACUUUUGUGAUGUCCUGCAGCACAUCUUCUCUGUUGUUACAGAUACAUCACACACAGCCGGUUUGACCAUGCACGCCUCUAUCUUGGCGUACAUGUUUAAUCUCGUUGAGGAAGGGAAAAUAAGUGCAGUUUUGAAUCCAUCAAAUCCAGUUAGUAACCAGGUGUUCAUCCAGGAGUAUGUGGCCAACUUGCUAAAAUCAGCUUUUCCACAUUUACAGGAUGCCCAGGUGAAAGUGUUUGUGACUGGUCUGUUCAGUUUAAACCAAGACAUCCCAGCAUUCAAAGAACACUUGAGGGAUUUCCUUGUGCAGAUCAAGGAAUUUGCAGGCGAGGACACCUCUGAUCUGUUUUUGGAAGAGAGGGAAACCUCACUGCGUCAGGCCCAGGAGGAGAAACACAAAUUACAGAUGUCCGUGCCUGGCAUUCUUAACCCACAUGAAAUACCAGAGGAGAUGUGUGACUGAGUUCACACACGCGCACACAACACACGCUGACUUGGAAACAAACUUGACACACUCGACUGAGGCGGUGUUGUGGCUGCUCUUCUUUGGGGAUUUUGUGUGUUUUCUUGUACAUGUGUGCGUGCGUGUGUGUGUGUGAGUGCGUGAGUACUUUAGGCUCUUCCUGUGAGGAGGAUUUCGGCACUUGGCUGUCUUUUGACCAAAACAAUGCCAAUAUGUAAAUGAUUUUGUCAUCCAGCGGCCCUAAUCGCAUAGUUGGUGUUUCAUAGACACUAGUGUAUUACCUUUAUGUUGUUAACAGCUUACGUUUGGUCACUGUAAUUCAAAUGCCGCUGCAUGAAGUGUCUCAUCUGUACAAUUAACUCUUGCUUGUGUGCUCUUUUUUUCCUCUCCCGUUUUCUCCUUUCACGCAUCAUGUAUUUGUUCAUGUAUAUUAUAUAUAAGAGCAGAGUGCAGUUUUUGUAGAAUGCUGUAUGUGCUCUGGCAGUGGGCAGAUGUAUCUAGCGUCUGUAUCUGUGUGUGCGUCUGUGUGUGAGACAAUCACGGCCACUGAGCAGCACAACAGAUACAGCCAAUGAAAACGUUGAUGAAUGUCAGUGAUUGGUGAGUGUUGCAUAGUGGCUGUAAUUAUUAGCCACUGUGUGUGCGCAUGUUAGGGAGCUGAUAGCAGAUUGGGACUAAAGUAAAGCUUGAUGCUGAAGGUGAAGUGGCACGGAUCACUGAAUGAAUGGACUUUGUGAAGUGAACCUGUUUGCUUUUUUACACAGCCCUCUACAUGUUCAUAUCAGCAUAACUGUACAGCAUCUUUACUACCAUGGGAACACGCGGAUGUUUCGUUCUGUUUUGUUGUGGGUGUGCGAGCGCGCGUGUGUGUUGUCGCUAAGCCGACAUCAGGUUUUUUGUUUUCCUCAAUGAGGACGGUUGCUCCUUUUGUGAGCUUUCAUUAAAUUGAAGUAAAAAAGUGGUUGAUAUUUAUGGGUUCUUGUAGGCUUACACCUUUAUAACUGCUCAUGUUAACUCACUCAGAGACAGCUUUUGGAGUUUUUUGAAUUGUACUAAUUUCCAUUGUUUACCAUGCUGUAGUGCUGCAGGACACUACGUAGAGCGAAAUAAAUCUCAGUUUACAUUUAAUUUUGUAUUUUUGCAUUUUUCAUUUUUAUCUUGAGGUGUCCUGUCCAAAUGAAGCAAAACGGUUUUAUUCUAAGAAAACGACAAAUGCCAACAUUCUCGUUAGGAAGAUGAAUGUACUGAUUCAAUGACUUCAGAUUAGUGGUGAAUUUCCCUUCACUAUGUGUAACAUUUGUUGUGAAAUUUUUUGAACUUAUUAAAGUUGAAAGAAUUUUAUAAUUA